GCCGACUCUCUCUUGACUCGCUCAUUGCUGCUUAGGAAGCUUUCCGGUAAUUACAGCGAAACCAGACAUCAGCCUGAGCCAUGCAGGAGCGCGAGCUCGACAGCCCUUAAACCCCCAGUUACGGUUCUGGCGGAAUAAGCAGAGAGGAAAAAUGUCGACCCCAGAUCCUGCACUAGGACCUUCCCCAGGUCCCGGGCCUUCUCCUGGGCCGAUGAUGGGGCCUGGACCCUCACCCGGAUCUUCCCAUGGCAUGAUGGGCCCAAGCCCUGGACCCUCCACCACAUCGGGACACAAUGUCUCUCAACAAGGAGCAACUGGAUACACACAACAGGACAGUAUGCACCCCAUGCACAAAUCUCUGGAGGGUCUACAUGAGAAGAAUGUAGCGGAGGAAUCUCGCUUUGGGCAGAUGAAAGGCGUGUCCAUGAGAGCAGGCGGACAUGCUGGCAUGGGGCCUCCACCGAGUCCUAUGGACCAGCACUCCCAAGGUUACCCCUCUCCACUGGGCUCCUCGGACCACGUCUCCAGUCCUCUUCAGGCCGGCGCCCCUCCGUCCUCCGGUCCUCUACUAUCCUCUUCCUGCACGUCCUCCAGUCCACUGGAGGGUGCUGACUCUCAGCCGAGCCGUUCUGGGACUCAGAGCAACACACCUGGAUCCUCUUCCAACCCAACACCUUUUAACCAAAACCAGCUGCAUCAGCUCAGGGCCCAAAUCAUGGCCUACAAGAUGCUGGCACGUGGACAGCCUCUCCCCGACCACCUACAGAUGGCAGUACAGGGCAAGAGACCCAUGGCAGGCAUGCAGCAAGGCCAGGCUAUGCCAAGUCUGCCCCCUGGUGGAGGAGGAGGGCCAGGUACAGGUCCUGGUCCUUUGGGACCAAACUUCAGUCGAGGGCAUGUGUGUUCUGGAUGCUCCUCAGUGUUGAGUGGUCCAAGUGUCCCCCCGUCUGGCCCAAACACCGUUCCCCCUGCCAAUGGGCCACCAAAAACCUGGCCUGAGGGUCCCAUGGUGAAUGCAGCCACGCCUUCAAAUGCCCCUCAGAAGCUGAUUCCUCCCCAACCCACUGGUCGCCCGUCUCCGGUGCCCCCUUCUGUGCCUCCUGCUGCCUCCCCAGUAAUGCCCCCUCAAACUCAGUCUCCAGGCCACCCCGGACACUCAGCCCAGCCGGCACCCACCAUCCCGCUCCAUCAGAAACACAACCGCAUCACUCCCAUGCAGAAACCCUGUGGCCUGGACCCUGUUGAGAUUCUGCAAGAAAGAGAAUUCAGGCUUGAAGCUCGCAUAACACACCGUAUCCAGGAGCUAGAGAAUCUUCCGGGCUCACUAGCCGGAGAUCUACGUACGAAGGCCACCAUCGAGCUCAAAGCGCUCCGACUGCUCAACUUUCAGAGACAGUUGCGUCAAGAGGUGGUGGUGUGUAUGAGGCGUGAUGCGGCUCUUGAGACGGCUCUGGAUGCGAAGGCUUACAAGCGCAGUAAGAGACAAUCCCUUCGCGAGGCUCGCAUCACUGAGAAACUGGAGAAGCAGCAAAAGAUUGAACAAGAACGCAAGCGGCGGCAGAAACACCAGGAAUAUUUAAACAGCAUCCUUCAGCAUGCCAAAGACUUUAAAGAGUACCAUCGCUCCAUCACUGGAAAGAUCCAGAAGCUGACCAAAGCUGUGGCAACGUACCAUGCCAACACGGAGCGAGAGCAGAAGAAAGAGAAUGAACGCAUUGAGAAGGAGAGAAUGAGAAGAUUGAUGGCAGAAGAUGAAGAGGGUUACAGGAAGCUGAUCGAUCAAAAGAAGGAUAAGCGUCUGGCCUACCUGCUGCAGCAGACUGACGAGUACGUGGCCAACCUAACUGAGCUGGUUCGCGCUCACAAGGCAGCCCAAGCUCUGAAGGAGAAGAAGAAAAAGAAGAAAAAGAAGAAGAAGCUAGAGAAUGCAGAAGGGCAGCCGUUAGCUUUGGGACCAGACGGAGAGCCGCUGGACGAGACGAGUCAGAUGAGCGACCUGCCUGUGAAGGUGAUCCAUGUGGACAGUGGGAAGAUCCUGAGCGGAGUAGAUGCCCCCAAAGCAGGACAGCUGGAUACCUGGCUGGAGAUGAACCCUGGAUAUGAGGUUGCCCCAAGAUCAGACAGCGAGGACACCGGCUCUGAGGAGGACGAGAAGGAGGAAGAGGAAGAACAGCCCCAGCCAUCGCAGGCUCCUGUGGAAGAAAAGAAGAAGAUUCCAGAUCCAGACAGUGAGGAUGUAUCAGAAGUGGAUGCUCGUCACAUCAUCGAGCAUGCUAAGCAGGAUGUAGAUGAUGAGUACGGUGGUGCUGCGUUCGCACGUGGCCUGCAGUCGUACUACGCAGUGGCUCAUGCAGUCACUGAGAGGGUAGACAGACAGUCGUCCUUGUUGAUCAACGGCCAACUCAAACAGUAUCAGAUUAAGGGUUUGGAGUGGCUGGUGUCUCUGUACAAUAAUAAUCUGAAUGGAAUCCUAGCUGAUGAGAUGGGUUUAGGAAAGACCAUCCAGACCAUUGCGCUUAUCACCUACCUCAUGGAGUACAAACGUCUCAAUGGGCCCUAUCUCAUCAUCGUACCGCUUUCAACUCUUUCUAACUGGGUCUACGAGUUUGACAAAUGGGCCCCGUCAGUAGUGAAAGUCUCAUACAAGGGAUCUCCUGCAGCCAGGCGGGCGUUUGUUCCUCAACUCCGCAGCGGCAAAUUUAACGUUCUCCUCACCACCUACGAGUACAUCAUUAAAGACAAACAAGUCCUAGCGAAGAUUCGCUGGAAGUAUAUGAUCGUGGAUGAGGGGCACCGGAUGAAAAACCACCACUGUAAGCUGACUCAAGUACUGAACACACACUACCUGGCUCCGAGGCGUGUCCUGCUGACGGGGACGCCGCUGCAGAACAAGUUGCCUGAACUGUGGGCGCUGCUCAACUUCCUGCUGCCAACCAUCUUCAAGAGCUGCAGCACAUUCGAACAGUGGUUCAACGCCCCCUUCGCCAUGACUGGAGAGAAGGUGGACCUGAACGAAGAGGAGACAAUCCUGAUUAUUCGGCGUCUCCACAAAGUGCUCCGUCCCUUCCUGUUACGUAGGCUAAAAAAGGAGGUAGAAGCUCAGCUACCGGAGAAGGUGGAAUACGUGAUAAAGUGUGACAUGUCAGCGCUGCAGAGGGUUCUCUACAGACACAUGCAAGCCAAAGGGGUUCUGCUUACUGACGGAUCAGAAAAAGACAAGAAGGGAAAAGGUGGCACUAAAACUCUGAUGAACACGAUCAUGCAGUUGAGGAAGAUCUGUAAUCAUCCCUACAUGUUCCAGCAGAUUGAGGAGUCCUUUUCUGAGCACUUGGGUUUCUCUGGUGGUAUUGUACAAGGUGCUGACCUAUAUCGAGCCUCUGGAAAGUUUGAGGUGCUGGACCGGAUCCUUCCCAAACUCCGAGCAACCAAUCACAAAGUGCUGCUCUUCUGCCAGAUGACAACACUGAUGACCAUAAUGGAGGACUAUUUUGCGUACCGCAACUUUAAAUACCUCCGUCUAGAUGGAACCACUAAGGCAGAGGACCGCGGUAUGCUCCUGAAGACGUUUAAUGAUCCCGAAUCGCAAUACUUCAUCUUCUUGCUAAGCACAAGGGCAGGGGGUCUGGGCCUCAACCUACAGAGUGCAGACACGGUGGUCAUCUUUGACAGUGAUUGGAACCCUCACCAGGACCUGCAGGCUCAGGACCGGGCUCAUCGCAUCGGGCAGCAGAACGAGGUGCGGGUGUUGCGCUUGUGCACCGUGAACAGUGUAGAAGAGAAAAUUCUUGCUGCUGCAAAAUAUAAGCUCAACGUGGACCAAAAGGUCAUCCAAGCAGGCAUGUUCGACCAGAAAUCUUCCAGUCACGAGCGCCGUGCGUUCCUGCAGGCCAUCUUAGAGCAUGAGGAGCAGGACGAGGAGGAGGACGAAGUUCCAGAUGAUGAAACUGUGAAUCAGAUGAUUGCAAGGAGUGAAGAGGAGUUUGAUCACUUUAUGCGUAUGGAUUUAGACCGGCGUCGCGAAGAGGCUCGGAACCCGAAGCGCAGGCCUCGACUCAUGGAGGAAGACGAGCUGCCCACUUGGAUCAUGAAGGAUGAUGCUGAGGUCGAGCGGCUCACCUGCGAGGAGGAGGCAGAGAAAAUGUUCGGCCGUGGCUCACGCCAGAGGAAGGAAGUUGACUAUAGUGACUCGCUCACUGAGAAACAGUGGCUCAAGGCUAUAGAAGAAGGCACGCUGGACGAGAUCGAGGAGGAAGUCCGCCAUAAGAAGACGACCCGAAAGAGAAAGCGCGAUCGUGACCUCGAUGCCGGUCCAUCAACAUCAGGGACACGUGGAGCUAGAGACAAAGACGAGGACAGUAAGAGACAGAAGAAGCGUGGAAGACCUCCAGCGGAGAAGAUAACACCGAACCCUCCCAGUCUCACCAAGAAAAUGAAGAAGAUUGUGGAAGCUGUUAUUAAAUACAAAGAGAGCAGUAAUGGCCGGCAACUGAGUGAAGUCUUCAUCCAGUUGCCGUCUCGUAAAGAGCUCCCCGAAUACUACGAGCUGAUCCGCAGACCCGUCGACUUCCGCAAGAUCAAGGAGCGAAUACGCAGCCACCGCUAUCGCAGUCUGAAUGACCUAGAGAGAGACGUGAUGCUCCUGUGUCAGAAUGCUCAGACCUUUAACCUGGAGGGCUCACUGAUUUACGAGGACUCAAUUGUGCUGCAGUCGGUGUUUACUAGCCUACGACAAAAGAUUGAGAAGGAGGAAGAGAGUGACGGAGAGGAGAGUGAUGAAGAGGAUGAGGAACAGGACGAAGGUUCUGAGUCUGAGUCUCGUUCAGUCAAGGUAAAGAUUAAACUUGGCAGAAAAGAGCGCAGUACCGAAAGAGGAAAAGGCAGAAGGAGGGGAGGAAGAACCAGAGCCAAGCCUGUGGUCAGUGAUGAUGACACAGAGGAAGAACGAGAAGAGGAACGCUCUAACACUGCCAGUGAUGAAGACCAAGGAUAGAAGACACUAAUCAACGUAAACUGUGUUGUUAACGCCUUAGCAAAGUCGCAUCUUUUUUUUUUGCGGCAAUUAUUGUACUUUUUAGUCACGAUGAAUUAUAUAUUGUAUCGAUAAAUAAAUCUGAAUUGAUACCAGGUUAACCACACACACACACACGCACACACACACACACUGGACAUAGCUAGUCUAGCAACUAGUAAAUCAAAUAGACAGUUGUGCUUAUACUGCAUGCGCUUUGAUGUUGACAAUUUGUAGCACACUGCCCCUUUGUGGACCCAUUUGUUUUUACAAUGAAUUCCACAUUAGUCGUACUGUAUAUUGUGUGUAUAUUAAUGAUGUAUCCUGUCAGCUGUUUCCACACGUGAAUUAUGUCGCGCUUGUGUUAAAUUUGUAGUGCUGUGCCGUCUUCAUUUCUUUUAGCGGCAUACGAUUGGUGAGCGAUCAUUUACCAUUCAACAGCAUGCAAAUAGGGUUAGCAAUUAAUCUGUCGUUAUAUUUCUUUCCCAGCUUGAGGUACUUGUAACUAAAAGUUAAGGCAGCCAACAAGAUGGUGUGUAAGAACUUUUGAGCUCCAUGUACUGUGUAUCGCGUCCAAAAAACGUGUCUGACACACCAUUGGCGGUCUUGACGUGUUUGUUGCUCUGGAUUAGAGCAGAUUUCAGAUAAAACAAAAGUUGAUGUUGUUUUUCGAUUGUGGACAGCAUGCUGAUUCACUGUAUGUUUUGAUUUUGUAGAAACGUGAUGUCAAGUAGAAGUAAAAAAGAAAAAAAAAAGAAAAAAGCUU